AUGCACAACGCAUGGUGGCCGCAGAUCAAGCCGCUCUCAGGCACCGACAUUCCUAACAGCAAACGGGCAUCGAGGAAGCCUAAAACGGAUUCUGUUGCAGCAGAUUCCGCUGCAGCGCCUUCUGUUGCAGCCACGCCUUCUGUAGCAGCCACACCCACUGCUGAAUCAACUUCCGCUGCAGCGCCUUCUGUUGCAGCCACACCUUCUGUAGCAGCCACACCCACUGCUGAAUCGACUUCCGCUGCAGCGCCUUCUGCUGCAGCGACAGCCACUAGGUCGAGUGACAACCCCGCUGCUCCACCUGUCGGGCGCAUGGACGACCGAUCAGGUUGCAAGGGAUGUGAUGACGCUGUUUUUGAGGCGCCUCAAAAACUCUCUUCCGCCGCCGCAACAGCCACUGGCUCAAGUGAUGACGCCGCUGCUGCGCCUGUCGGGCGCAUGGACGACCGAUCAAGUUGCAAUGGAAGCAGUGACUGUACCGUUAUGGUGACAACAGAGGGGGUGGAGGAGCGGAGUGAUAUGCAAGCUGCUGCGGACGGAGGGCUUGAGCAAGCGGCUUCAGAGGCGCCUAAAAAAUCGGUCGUGGUGACAGAAGAGGGUGUGGAGGAGCGGAGUGAUGUGCCAGCUGCUGCGGACGGAGGGCUUGAGCAAGCGGCUUCAGAGGCACCUAAAAAAUCGGUCAUGGUGACAGAAGAGGGUGUGGAGGAGCGGAGUGAUGUGCAAGCUGCUGCGGACGGAGGGAUUGAGCAAGCGGCUUCAGAGGCGCCUAAAAAAUUGGUCAUGGUGACAGAAGAGGGUGUGGAGGAGCGGAGUGAUGUGCAAGCUGCUACGGACGGAGGGCUUGAGCAAGCGGAUUUGCGGCUGAAGGAAGGGGGGAAGGAACAGAGGGACGCGGGAGGAGGGGCGAAGGAGAAGGAAGAGGAAGAGGACGAAGAGGAGGAAGAGGAAGAGGAGAAUUUGUCUCUCACGGGCAGGGAGGUUUGCGCUUUCGACAACCGAGGGAUUGGCAAGAGCACGUGUCCCACGGACAAGAAAGCAUACACGUGCGUCUUUUCUAUUGGUGCUUCAGGUCAAGAGAGCCUUGAUCGACGGUUCUUCUCCGUGGGCACGAAGCUGGUGACGGCACGCACGCCCGAAUCUAGAGCGCGUUUGGAUCUUGCUGCUCAUUCUUUCUGUUCUCCCCUCCUUGUCUCCCUCAUCCCUCGUCCCUGGAUAUUGGACACCAGCUUGACCGACAGUUCUUCUCCGUGGCUCGACCGACGGUUCUUCUCCGUGGGUACGAAGCUGGUGACGGCACGCACGCCAGAGUCACGGGCGCGCGUGGAUCUGGUGAUGCACUUCUCUGAGGAGUUCAUGCAGCAGCUGGUGACAGGCAGCUCGUCCCAGAAAGACCUGCUGCACCUGGAGUACGUGCAGUAUCUGUCAGCGCCAGGGGCACUGCAGGCGCCACACGCUACCAGCGGGCAUUUCAACGCCGUUUGGACGCACAAGCUGACCCGAGAGAACGUUGACAGCAUCUUCAGCGCUCGCAUCCCCACCGCCGUCAUACAUGGAGUGGACGACAUAGUUGCACACGUCUCCCUGGGUGAGAGGGUGGCCAAGCGACUGGCACCCGUAGCGCGGUUCAUCCCGCUCCCAGGGGCGCACAUGGUGAUGCGGGAGCGGAUAGAAGAGGUGAACGCGUGUCUGGGGGAGCUCUUUGAGACUGAGGAGGCAUGUGUGCCUGUGGAGCAGUGGGUGCAGCGGCGCAGUGAUGUGUACCUGCCUAACUCGGCACAGUAG